GGGCAAUGGUUUCAGAUUAAUUAUAUAAUUGAUUAGACCUCGGAAAAAAUAAUUCCUGGUUCUGAAGUCAUUUAAUGUAAUGUAAGCGGACACAUUUCAUUUUAGCAUGGUAAUAUAGUAUGGAGGGAUCUAAAAAAAUAUUCUGAUGUCCUAGACAGGCUUGGUUUAAUCUUACACCUUAUAAUCGAAAUGUAAGACUCGUUCUUAUCGGAUAAUGGAAUUCAAGCUGUUAUAUUGGAAACACUUUUUAACUGUACAAUGCCUAUGUGUUUGUCUUCAAUUAGAUGAUGCUACUAUUAAAUUUAUGAAGAAAAAUCACCAAUCAACUUUAGAAUGUUUCACUGAAAAGCAAGAAAUUGAAGUGUGGCAAGUGGGAGUUGACAAAAUUAGCGCCCCUAAAUGGGUGUUUCUUAAAAAUUCGGACAUACAAGCAAGUGUGAAUUCUGACAAAACCAACAUCUUAAACUUCACUGUUACUUCAAGCCAUGAUAUAAGAAUUGAUUGUCAGAGCACUGAAAAGAGUCAUAAAUUUCUAAUAAUACCAUUAUCGAAUGAGAAAGGGAAUAUUUAUCCAAGUUCUGAAACACCAAAUGCCAUAAAGGAUAAAAAAUUUACAUUGAGAUGUAAAACUGAUGAUACUGGAGUAAUCUGGUUUACUGGAAAUGGAUUAGUUAUUGCGAAAUACAUUGGAUUAUUCAACCAAAAUUAUUCUAGAUAUUUUGGUAGCCGUCAAGAAACUCAUUGCCAAAGCAAAAUCUGUACAUUGAGUAUAACCAGCAUUAGAUUAGAUGAUGACAACAUGAGCAUUGUUUGCAAGACUAAUUUCCACACAAGCUUGUUCAAUAUUAGAGUAUUUGUUUUACCAAAAUCAGUCACAGUCAAGGCUAUUUCUGACACAGUUCCAGUGGAAAAUCAGAAUAAAAGUUAUGAAUGCCUUAUUAAAGACACCAACCCUGAAUUUUCAGUCUUUUGGCUGAUAACAUGGAAAAAUGGGACACAAAUAAAUGUUACAAAGUAUAUUUCAAACAAGCCAAGCAAAUCAGGAGAGCUGAUCACUUUAUCAUCAAAACUGACAUUAACUCUUAAUAAGAAUUUUAAGGAAUUACAGUGUGUUGCAUAUUUUCCGGGUAAAAGUGAAUUUGUUUACUGUUCAAUGAAACUCGAUAUGCCCAUAAAAUAUUCUCUAGAAAGAGAUGACAUGACACUAAAUGUUUCAGGAGGAAAAGUAUGUGUUGAUACUCCAACCAAAUUCCACUGCAGUUGGAAAGGUGGUGAUCCACCAGUAAGUGUAACCUUGAUGUACAAAAAUAUAUCAAAUACUAGUAAAGAAGAAGUUGAAGUUACUGUAACACCUUCUGAAUCUCAUCGAACAGUCAAAUGUCUGGGAACUCAUAUUGCUGCCAAUGUGUCUCAUGAAAAGAAUUUUACUAUUUAUUAUCCACCUAAAACAAUAGAAAUCAAGACUGAUGAACCCUUUCUUGAAGGUCGCAAAGGUAUUUUGCAUUGUAAGGCAAUAAAUGGAUAUCCAGAAAAGUACAGCUACAGGUGGGAUCCAAAUAACAACGCCUCACAAAAUUUGACACUUUCUCGACUCAGUCGAACACAAAAUAAUAAGGUUUUCAUCUGUUAUGCUUCUAACAUGUGCAAUAAAGAAAGAGAAUUACGUAAAGUACAUUGGAUCAAUGUAGAAUAUGUACCUGAUAUUAUUGCAUCAGAGAAUAUGACAUUAAUUGAGAAUCAAGCAUCCAUUGUAAACUGUUCUGCAAAAGGAAACCCUAUCCCAGAAGUGAGGCUGGAAUAUGAAAAUCAAAGUUUUCCUUCAAACUCCCCACUCACUUUUAAUCGCAGAAAUAGCAGUGAUGUUUUCUGUGUUGCCAAUGCAAAGAGCACAAAGCAUGGAAAUUUGACAUCUAGAAAGAAAAUUAAUAUCAUGUUGAAAUAUCCUCCUCAAGUAAACAUUCAUAUUUCAAAUGAGACAAAUAAUACUUUACUAAUUAAUUGCACUGCAUUUGAUGGAAAUCCAGAAAAAUAUGAAUACAAACUGAAGCAAAAAUGGGGAAACAUCACUAAGAAUACUUAUAAUAUAAAUGUAUUAUCAAUAAAUAAUUCUACUUUCAAUAAUACUGGUACAUGGGAGUGUCAUGUAAGCAAUGAAGAUUUUCAUGUGAGUAAAUCAUCAAACUACAAAAUUCCAGUGAAACCUAUUUUCAGUUCAAUAUCAAACGAUGCGAAAAAGAAAAAUGUUUCAAUUGGAGAAUCUGUAAUUUUCAAACAGUGUUUUUAUUCACAUCCAAAAUCUGAUGUAAAAUGGCAAAUAAAUGACAAAUUAAUUGACUUCAACAAAUAUUUAACAACUGAUUUUGUAUCAAGUGAUUUUCCUUUCAAAGGAAGCUGUACUCAUUUAAAAACAGAAGACAUCAAAGAUAAUGAUAUUAGAACUUAUACCUUAACAUUGGAAAACUCUGUAGGAAAAGAAGUGAUUACUUUUACCUUGAGGCAUAAAGAAAUUACGGAAGUCACUUUGGGAACAAUUAUUGGUUGCUUUGUAGGAAUUGUAUUAUUAAUAACUUUGGUACUUCUUAUUUAUAACAGCCACAAAAUAAGAGCUGUGAAGUGCAAGAAAGACAUUUCAUCAGCAAAAGGUGUUGUAGAUUAUUAUGAGACUAUUCCAGACAAACGUUACAAUGCAGUAAGUGCAGAUGCUACUAAUUUAUCCAAGCUAAAGACUGAGAGAGAACAAGAUGCUGAAGAUAGUGAGCCCAGAUAUUUAUCUGUGAAACACCCAGACACAGAUGAUAUUUAUGUCAAUGUUUUAAGGAAACCUGAUGGUGAGAGAGAGCAAGAUUCUGAAGAUAGUGAGCCCAGAUAUUUACCUAUGAAACACCCAGACAUGAAUGAUGUUUAUGUCAGUGUCUCCAGGAAACCUGAUGCUAUGAGAGAGCAAGAUUCUGAAGAUAGUGAGCCCAGAUAUUUACCUAUGAAACACCCAGACAUGAAUGAUGUUUAUGUCAGUGUCUCCAGGAAACCUGAUGCUGAGAGAGAACAAGAUGCUGAAGAUAGUGAGCCCAGAUAUUUACCUAUGAAACACCCAGACGUGGAUGAUGUUUAUGUCAGUGUUUCAAGGAAACCUGAUGCUGAGAGAGAGCAAGAUGCUGAAGAUAAUGAGCCCAAAUAUUUACCUAUGAAACACCCAGACAUGGAUGAUGUUUUUGUCAGUGUUUCAAGGAAACCUGAUGACAAGGACAGUGUUUAUGUUAAUGUUUCAAGGAACUCUGGUGAAGAACAACAUGCUGAAGUUAAUGAACCAGAAUAUCUUUGUAUGGAAGAACUGGACAUGGAUGAUGCUUAUGGUAACAUUUCAAGGAAACCUGAUACUGUGGAAGAACAGUGCACAGAAAUUAGUGAUCCCAGAUAUUUAUGCAUGAAACAGCCACAUAUGGAUGGUGCUUACGUUAAUGAUUCACAGAUACCUGGUAAGAUGGAUGAUGCUUAUGGUAACAUUUCAAGGAGACCUGAUACUGUGGAAGAACAGUGCACAGAAAUUAGUGAUCCCAGAUAUUUAUGCAUGAAACAGCCAGAUAUGGAUGGUGCUUACGUUAAUGAUUCACAGAUACCUGGUAAGAUGGAUGAUGCUUAUGGUAACAUUUCAAGGAGACCUGAUAAUAUGGAUGGUGCUUACAUUAAUUAUUCACAGAAACCUGGUACUGUGGAAGAUCAAUAUGCUGAAAUGAGUCAUCCCAGAUAUCUAUGCAUGAAAAAGCUAGCUGUGGAAGUACAAUAUGGUGAAGUAAGUGAGCACAUUUAUAUAGAAAUGAAAAAACGAGACAUGGAUGUUGAUUACGUUAAUGUUCCAAAGAAUCCUGGAGAUUACCAGUGAAGGGCCACAUUUUUCAGAUGAACUAACACCUAGAACCUUGUAGUAUAGUAUAUAGCACCUUCUAGAAGUGAAUGAAGUCUUGUGAGCAAUGUAAGUCAGUCUCGUUAUUAUUUUAUGGACACUGUUUGCAAGCACUACAGACUUGGACAAAAUAUUUCAUAUUACCAAAACAUUAUUGAUUUCUGUUUAUUCUGUAACUGCAUAGCUUUUGUAUUCACAGUUUUAAUAAAUUCUUGAUUUAUUUUUAAACUUCAUAAAUGUCUAUCUAUAACUAAACAUUUGAACCAGACACAACAAAAUUUGUUUCAACGCACAAAUUCACACAAGAGUCUUGCAAACAAGAUACAAAAAUGAAAUAUCAUGAUGUUUUUCUUAUUGCUUAUUUAUUUCUAGUUUAUUUUCUAAUUCUCUAUAUAUCAAAUAUGUUACCACAAGUUUCUAUUUGUUUUCUUAACUAGAAACUAUCUAAAAGUAUAUCUAUGAAUUUCAUAUCUUUAAUGAGACAAAGAUUUGGUUUUUUUUUUAUAAUAUUACAAAAGAAUGUAAAUAGGGGCUUUUCAUUAUCUUCACCAUCAUCAUUUAAUGUCUGUUGUCCAU